AUGAAAUUAGGAUAUAAUGAAAUAAUGAUAGUAUCAAUGUAUUUUAAUGAUAUUAAAGAUUUUAUUAAUUUAGAAAUUGGAGUUAAAAGAUUUCAAGGAAAUAUGGAACGAUUUCAUUUUAAUCCAAUUCCUUUAAAUGAAUAUUCAAGAAAAUUAUUUCCUAAUAUUGAAACAUUUCAUAUUUAUAAUAAAAAUGAUAAAAUAUUUAAUGAUAGAAGAAUAAUUAAAAAAGUAAUAUGGUAUCAAGUAGAUUAUUCAACAUAUUUAAAAGAAAAAGAACAAGGAAAUAUCUGUAAAAAUAUAGAAUAUACAGAAGAAGAUAGAAAUAAAUAUGGAAAUAUAAUACCAUCAGAAAUUAAAUCAGUUGGAUAUAAUUGUUUUUAUAAAUGUAAAUCAUUAACAACAAUUAAUAUACCAUCAUCUAUUAGUAAAAUAGGAGAUGAUUGUUUUGGAUAUUGUUCAUCAUUAACAUCAAUUAAUAUAGAUAAUCUACAAUUUGUUAGUGAAGAUAGAAUAUUUAUAAAUGAACCAGUGUUAAUUAGUACUGAAAUACCAGAUAAUCUACAAAUAAUCAAUGGAAAGAAUAUUGAAAAUAAAGAUAUUAAUAAAUUUAUUAUUCCAUCUUCAAUCACUAAAUUAGGAUAUCGUUGUUUUAAAGAAUGUUCAACAUUAAAAUCAAUUAAUAUUCCAUCUUCAAUUAAUGAAAUAGGAGAUUAUUGUUUUCAUGAAUGUUCAACAUUAAAAUCAAUUAAUAUACCAUCUUCAAUUAGUGAAAUAGGGUGUUGGUGUUUUUAUGGAUGUUCAUCAUUAAAAUCAAUUAAUAUACCACCAACAAUUAUUAAUUUACGAAGUGGAUGUUUUAGAUAUUGUUCAUCAUUAACAACAAUUAAUAUACCAUCAUCAAUUAGUAAAAUAGGAGAUGAUUGUUUUGGAUAUUGUUCAUCAUUAACAUCAAUUAAUAUAGAUAAUCUACAAUUUGUUAGUGAAGAUAGAAUAUUUAUGAAUGAACCAGUGUUAAUUAGUAUUAAAAUACCAGAUAAUCUACAAAUAAUCAAUGGAAAGAAUAUUGAAAAUAAAGAUAUUAAUAAAUUUAUUAUUCCAUCUUCAAUCACUAAAUUAGGAUAUCGUUGUUUUAGUAAAUGUUCAACAUUAAAAUCAAUUAAUAUACCAUCUUCAAUUAAUGAAAUAGGAGAUUAUUGUUUUCAUGAAUGUACAUCAUUAACAUCAAUUAAUAUACCAUCUUCAAUUAAUGAAAUAGGAGAUUAUUGUUUUUAUAAAUGUUCAUCAUUAAAAUCAAUUAAUAUACCAUCUUCAAUUAGUGAAAUAGGAGAUGAAUGCUUUUAUAAAUGUCCACCAUUAACAACAAUUAAUAUACCAUCAUCAAUUAAUGAAAUAGGAUAUAAUUGUUUUGGAUAUUGUUCAUCAUUAACAUCAAUUAAUUUACCACCAACAAUUACUAAAUUAGGAGAAUGGUGUUUUUAUGGAUGUUCAUCAUUAAAAUCAAUUAAUAUACCACCAACAAUUAUUAAUUUACGAAGUGGAUGUUUUGAAUAUUGUUCAUCAUUAACAACAAUUAAUAUACCAUCAUCAGUUAUAUCAAUAGGAUAUGAUUGUUUUUAUGAAUGUACAUCAUUAACAUCAAUUAAUAUAGAUAAUCUACAAUUUGUUAGUGAAGAUAGAAUAUUUAUAAAUGAACCAGUGUUAAUUAGUACUGAAAUACCAAAAACUCUACAAAUAAUCAAUGGAAAGAAUAUUUUCAAGAAAGAUAUUAAUAAAUUUAUUAUUCCAUCUUCAAUCACUAAAUUAGGAUUUUGUUGUUUUAAAGAAUGUUCAACAUUAAAAUCAAUUAAUAUUCCAUCUUCAAUUAAUGAAAUAGGAGAUUAUUGUUUUAGUUAUUGUUCAUCAUUAACAUCAAUUAAUAUACCUUCAUCAAUUACCAAAUUAGGAGAUUGUUGUUUUUAUGAAUGUACAUCAUUAAAAUCAAUUAAUAUACCUUCAUCAAUUAAUGAAAUAGGAUUUUAUUGUUUUAGU